ACAGUGUUUGUGCCCGAAGAGCUGCGGUCAAAGUUCCUUGAACUAGCGUUGCCCAACACGCGCAAGAAGCUGGAGACGUGCGGUAUUCUCUGUGGAGUGCUAAACAGAAAUGCCUUCUUCGUGACGCAUCUGCUGAUGCCGAAGCAGGAGGCGACGACGGAUACGUGCGCGACGACGGACGAGGAGGGGAUGUUUGGGUUUCUGGACGAGCACGAGCUGUUCACGCUGGGGUGGAUCCACACGCAUCCUACGCAGACGUGCUUUCUGUCGUCGGUGGACCUGCAUACGCAGAACAGCUACCAGUUGAUGCUAUCGGAGGCGAUAGCGAUAGUGUGUGCGCCGAUGCACGAGCCGAGUUGGGGAGUUUUCAGGUUGACAGAUCCGCCAGGGAUCCGGGCGAUUACGAGCUGCCGCAGACCGGGCACGUUUCACCCGCACGAGGAGCGGGAUAUCUACACGACGUGCCGGAUGCCCGCCGGCCAUGUUUCGGUGAGGGGAGGAUUGCCGUUCAGUGUAGUUGAUAUGCGGUAGUUAUAGAGAAUAGUUAUGAUAAUCAUAAGAAGAAGAAGAGAAGAAGAUAAAGAGUCCGGACCUGAGACUCGGCAAGUCCGCGUCGACGUCAGGGGCUGCGUAUAAGGUUUCGGGUUCCUGGAGCUAACCGGAUUGGUACUAGUGCGACCCUGGUGGUUUGAGACGAGGCUGCUAUAAGCACGGCCAGGCA